AUACACACACACACAUAUCCUGUCUCCCACGAAGGCAUCUGUUUCAGUCUGUCUCUCUGUGAGAUGCAGCACCAACAGAGAGAGGGGGAGACAAGAAGAGGGAGAGAAGGAUAAGAAAAAAGAGGUGUGAGAACAGAGGCACAGAGCAGAAAGAAAGGAGAAAGAGAAGAAGGGCUCAAAUUAAAAAAAAUUAAGAGUGAACAAAGAUAAAGCAAAGACAAAAUACAAAAUACAAGACUCUUCUUCAGAAGAGGAGAGGAUGCUGCUGCAGCUGAGCAUCUAUGCCUGACUUCUGAGGAGUUCUCAGCUCGGACAUGACUGACAUGCAGCAUUCCUGCAUCUGAGCAUCUCUAGUCCGUGCAUGUGUGUGAGAGAGAGAAAGUGAGGGUUAAUGUGUGUGUGAAGCCAUGGCGAGUGCUCAGCCGGGGGUCCACGCGUUGAAACUCCAACCUCCUUCCGUCUCUCACACGCUGAGGAACGGAAGCAACUUCAUUAAAUGGGAUGAGGAUUUGUCCACUGUGAAUCCAGUGACUCUGCAUGUGGAUCCACAUGGAUUUUACCUCUACUGGACCGACCAAAACAAGGACACAGAGCUGUUGGACCUGACCCUGGUAAAAGAUGUCAGAACAGGCAGAAGCACGAAAACACCCAAGGAGGCUAAGCUGCGGGAGCUGCUCGACGUGGGAAACCUGGUUGGUAGGCUGGAGAACCGCAUGGUUACCGUGGUUACGGCUUCAGACCUUGUAAACGUCAACCAGCUUAACUUCAUCGCUUCGCAGGAGGACGAAGCCAAGGCGUGGUGUGAGGAACUGUUUUCUCUGUCUUCCAACCUGCUGAGCCACAAUCUCAACAGAGACCAGAGUCUGCUGAAAGCGUACAUCAAGUUAACUCUUCAGCCGAAUGCAGAGGGGAGAAUUCCCGUCAAGAAAUGCUCUCACUUUCAACCCAACUCUUCUCUGCUCUGCAGAGGAGCCAAUGAUGGGAUGCUGUCAGUCGAUCAGAUGACAGAGUUCAUCAACAAUAAGCAGAGAGACCCAAGGCUCAAUGAAAUCCUCUACCCACCUCUUCGUCCUGCACAGACGCACACUGCGAUGGAGAGGUAUCAACAUGACCAGGCACAACUGAAGCAAGGCAAGAUCUCCCUCCAGGCGUUCUCCAGUUAUCUGUCUAGUGAUGAGAAUGGAGUCAUUCCACCAGAAAAGCUGGAUCAGUCUGAAGACAUGAGCUUCCCGAUAUCUCACUAUUUCAUCAACUCAUCGCAUAACACCUACCUGACAGCGGGCCAGCUGAUGGAAGCUGAGAGUGAGGAAGAUGAUGAUGAUGAAGAUGAUGAUGGUAAAAAGGGCUCAGCUGAGCGGGAAGCAGUGGCAACAGAGGAAAUGUCAACUCUGGUUAACUACGUCCAGCCUACCAAGUUCAACUCCUUUGAAGCCUCCAAGAAGGCAGCCCGCUGUUACCACAUGUCGUCUUUUGUGGAGACCAAAGCGUUGGAGCAUCUCACAAAGUCACCAGUGGAGUUUGUAGAAUAUAAUAAAUCUCAGCUGAGUCGUAUCUACCCAAAAGGAACCAGAGUGGAUUCAUCAAAUUUUAUGCCUCAACUCUUCUGGAACGCAGGAUGUCAACUGGUGGCUCUAAACUACCAAACUAUUGAUUUGUCCAUGCAGCUGAAUCUCUUUAUGUUCGAGUACAACGGUCGGAGCGGCUACAGGUUGAAGCCUGAGUUCAUGAGGCGCCCAGACAAACACUUUGACCCUUUUACGGAAAACACAGUAGAUGGCAUUGUAGCUAACACCCUCUCUGUGAAGGUCAUUUCAGGCCAGUUCCUGACUGAGCGGAGAGUGGGGGUGUAUGUGGAGGUGGAGAUGUUCGGACUCCCUGCAGACACUCGGCGGAAAGCUCUGAAGACCAAAACGUCUCAGAACAACAAUGCCGUCAAUCCAGUGUGGGACGAAGAGCCGAUUGUGUUCAAAAAGGUGAUUCUUCCUACCCUGGCCUCACUGAGAAUUGGUGCCUUUGAAGAAGGAGGGAAGUUUAUUGGUCAUCGAAUUAUUCCGGUGUCUGCCAUUAGGCCAGGUUAUCGUUACAUCGGCUUGAGGAAUGAGAAAAACCAGUCUCUGAUUCUGCCAGCUGUGUUCGUCUACAUUGAAGUCAAAGACUACGUCCCAGAUACAUUUGCUGGUCUUGGUAUUGAUUUCCAGGAGGAGACUGAAAGCUGUGCAGAGCGUAAGACUGAUCUGAAAUCAGCUCCACUAGAAAACGGGCUUAGCCCGGCCUCUGGCCCACCGGGCCACACCCCCAUCGCCACCACACCCAAAGCUUCUGCAGCCAAUCAACAGGCAGCCACGACAGAUGCAGCCAAACCAGCAGCCAAGACUGAAGACCUGGUUUUAAGUGUUUUGAUAGAUGUCCCAGUGUGCACUUUGGAGAAUCUAAACAUUUGCUCUAAUCUUUCUUUCUGCUUCUGUAGGGAGAAAAAAGAGCUGAAGAAGCAGAUGGAUCGAAGGAGAACAGAGAAGAUCAACCAAGCAAAGACCAAAGAGAAACAUCUGGCUGAGGAGGAGAAGAUUGAGAUCAAUAAGUCCUACGUCAAUGAAGUCGUCCAGAACAUUAAAAGGCUUGAGGAGACUCAGGCAAAGCGCCACGAGCAGCUGGUGGAGCAACACAAUGAUCUCCUGCAAGAGAUACAAGACCAGAAGCCAAAGCUGCAGGGCUCUGUGGAGGCAGAGUUUCAAGAGAAGUUCCAAUGUUUGCCUGGAGAGAUUCACGACUUCCUGCAGGACAGGAAGUUGGAGGUUCGAGGCCACAGCAAGUCACGACCUUCCACCCCACACGAAGCUCUUUCAGAGGAGGACUGAAGAGGGGGAAAAAGGAUGAAGGAGCGAUGGGGAAUGAGGAACGAGAACAAUUGGAUCAAUGGAAGCAGCGUGGAGUAGAUCAAUGAAAUGCAAAGCAUGAGAAUAAAAGAUAACAAGAAGUAUUGAUGAAGAGGACGCGAAAGAGUAAAUAAUCAAGUUUAUAUAGACUGUUACUUCUUUUUAAUGGAAGAAUGCUUUAACAAUUUAUUUUUUAUUCCAUUCUAGCAUGAACUUUGUGUGUUUAAUACAAGUGUUUAAUCAGACCCGGUUUAGUCUUGCAUUAAGUCUUCUAUUCUGUCAUCUGUUAUUUUAGACCUCAACAGUUUGUACUGCAUGACUGCAUAUCUAUCUAUCUAUCUAUCUAUCUAUCUAUCUAUCUAUCUAUCUAUCUAUCUAUCAAUCUAUCAAUCUAUCUAUC